GGAGGCAGGAAAACAACCGCCCAGCCCCCGCGCGUGUGUCUUGACAGGGGCCGCCAGAAGCGAAACUUCAUUGUCACUAUCACAUGACAAAGGGUUGGAGACAGCUUCAUUUUCUUCUGCCUGUAAUUUCCAUUUGCCUUCCUUGGUCACAGUAAUGAAAGGCAGCAAUAGGAAUAAAGAUCAUUCAACAGACAGAGAAGGGACUGGAAAACGACCAAAGAGGAAGUGUCUUCAGUGGCAUCCACUACUUGCAAAGAAAAUCCUCGAUUUUUCUGAAGAGGAGGAGGAGGAAGAGGACGAAGAAGAUAUUGAUAAGGAGCAUCUUCUUGGUGCUGAUGGUCUAGAGCACGAUGCUGAUGAAACAGAAGAUGAGGAAUCUUCAGAGCAGCGAGCUCGCAGGCCAAUGAAUGCAUUCCUUUUGUUUUGUAAGCGUCACCGCUCCCUUGUACGGCAAGAACACCCCCGUCUGGACAAUCGUGGUGCUACCAAAAUACUGGCAGAUUGGUGGUCUGUUCUAGACCCAAAAGAAAAGCAGAAAUACACUGAUAUGGCCAAGGAGUACAAGGAUGCAUUUAUGAAAGCAAAUCCUGGCUAUAAGUGGUGCCCACCUACAAACAAACCUGUGAAAAGUCAGUCAUCCACUGUUACUAACCGGAAAAAGCUGUGGGCUUUCCCAUCAGAACCUGGAAAAGAUUUGCCAAUUCCCAAAAAGUUGGUGAAGACUGAAGAAAUGCCUCAGCUGAACUUUGCAAUGGCAGAUCCUACACAAAUGGGAGGCCUCAGUAUGCUACUGUUAGCAGGAGAACAUGCCUUGACUGCACAAGAGGUUUCCUCAAGUACCUGCCAUUCUGAUGUAUCAAACUCUACCGAAGGAUGUCUGAAGUCACCAUUGUUUCAGUUUGCUGAGAUCUCUUCAAGCCCAUCACAACCAGAUGUCCCUGCAGAUGCAAAAGAAAGUGACAAUUCCACACUAUUUCAGUUUUCUGAGUUGGGGAAUUCUGAACCUGUAAAGCGCUGUAGGAAAUCGGCACUCUUCCAGUUGGCAGAGAUUUCAUCAAGUACAUCCCAUUCAGGUCCUUCUGAAUUAACAAAGCAGUGUGGGACAUCAGCAUUGUUUCAGUUGGCAGAGAUGUGCCUUGCAUCAGAGGAAGUAAAAAUACAGGAACCUGGAAAAGCAAAACUAGAAGCUUCCAAGAUUAUCAAAGCAUUGGAAGCUACUGAGGAGAUGAAAGAUGAAGAUCCAGAGAAGGCAAAAGUAAAAAUUGAAAAAUCUCAGAAAGCAAGGGCCCAAGAACUCGAAAAGACAAAGACUGGAGUGUUAGAGAAGGUGGCAAAAUGUACUUACGUUGCAGGUGCUACUUUGGACAGUACAGCUUUAAGUGGACCUAAUAACACAAAGGCAGAGGACCUUGCAUGCCAUUCCCAAGAGCUAACAAUGGCCAGCAUCAGCACCUUAGAAUUAAGCAAACCCGAGAAGUUAAAAAAGAAGAAGAAGAAAAAUAAGUUGGACCGGCAAUCUCUUGAAAAAUGUACCCCUAAGAAGGCUUGCAAAAAGAGGCAGUCUUCUGAGUCGGACAUUGAGAGUGUAAUUUACACCAUCGAAGCAGUUGCAAAAGGGGACUGGGGUGCAGAGAGACUUCUAGAAGGUCCCCGCAAGAAGGUUCGCCCAUCCUCAACUGUGAAGGGGAAUUUCUUCAACAUAAAGUCACCAAAGAAAAAAGUGAAGUCGAAAGAGAAAAGAGCUCUAAAGGAAAAAUGCAUAGAGACCACCAAAGAAUCAAAGCCUCCUGAUAUUUUUGACAUUACAGAUAACAAGAACCUGCAGCAUGAGGUACCUGAAAGCAUAAAAUUGGAACCUCUGACCCCAACAGAGGAGAUGAUACCACCCAGUUUGCCAGAGCAGGUCAAAAUCGAGGACAGUGACUGUAGCAAAAAAACAGAGAUCUGCGGCUCAAGAAAAUCUGAAAGAGCUUGCAAAGGCGCUUUAUACAAAACGCUGGUGUCAGAGGGCAUGCUUACAUCCCUGCGUGCCAAUGUUGACAGAGGGAAACGAAGCUCAGGAAAAGGUGGCAACUCUGAUCACGAAGGAUGCUGGAAUGAAGAAAAUUGGGCAUAUUCCCCAGGUGGGACAAGUGGAAACAAGAAGCUUAAAAAACCUAAACCAAAGGAAGAAAUGGUUUUAGGCUUAGCAAAGCUGGAAGAGGAAUUUGAGAAAAAAUUCAAUAGCCUUCCUCAAUACAGUCCAGUCUCAUUUGACCGGAAAAGUGCAUCUGUACCAAGAAAAAAGAAGAAGGUUGGUAACUGCUCAGCAGAUCAGCCAAAAUCUAACAAAGAGUUGGCGAUUAUGCAAGAACCCUUGGUUGGCAGCCAGAAGAGAAAAGCGAGGAAAACCAAGAUCACACAUCUGGUCCGGACUGCAGAUGGCAGAGUCUCACCAGCAGGAGGAGUUUUAGAAGAGAAACCAAAGGAACAACUGCAGGAUGGUUUUCAGAAAACAUCAAAUACAGGGACAGACUGCAGUGAAGAACCCUUACAAAACACUGGAUCAGAAGAAGGUCAUAGUAUUACACCAGACAUGCCAUCGGUAUCUGCAUUCUUUAGCCUAGCUGCUCUGGCAGAGGUAGCAGCAAUGGAAAAUGCACACAGGACUCCAAGGACGGCACCACUCCCACGUGAUGGACAGCCAAAAGAAAUGUCUCAGGCUCCAGUGCUUAUUUCCUGUGCUGACCAGUGAAGCUCUGCCCUAUUGUAAAACGUGCUUUACCUAAUAUCCUAGCCUUGUCUUUACCAAUGGAUGUUAGUCAGUCCAUGUGUUGGAGGAACCCAUAGACUGAAAAUGAGUGGUUUGUGUUCAGUAUGGCACAGAUUUCACUUACAGCCUGGGCCAGUGCUCCCCCGGUUUGGGGCCCAGAAUCUACUAUAAGAGUGAUGUUAUUUCUCUGUUAAGGAACAGAAAUGAAAAGAUCCUGGAGCGUUGCUUUCUACUGAAGGUUUUUAAAAUGGUAUGUGCAUAGUUACACAGAGAAGGCAAACUUUACUGUUGCUCACACAGCAUCUGUUCUGCCUACAAGAGUAGGGAAAGCAGUUUCAUAUAAUAACUAGCUACUCUAAACAAAAAACAAAAAAGGAGAAAAAACUGAUGCACUGCACUAGUUACUAGAUAUUCUUAGUCCUUUUUGUACAUGAAGAUUUAAGUUCUGAAGAUGGUUUAUAUUAUAGGUUAUGCGUACAUUUAUAUUUUAGAGUGAAUUUAAGAAUCUGUUUGGGAGAAUCCAAGAAAGCGUGGGCAGGUAUACCAUUGUUGGUGGUGGAUGCGCGGCCAUAUGGUCCAGAUGUUCUGCACUUUUGUAUUUGCCACCAGGGUGGUAGAGUUUUUUGGCAAAAAAAAAUAUUGACAGGCUGUAUUUUGCUUGAUUUUUUAAUUAAGCGUAGAAUAAUGAGGAUGAUUUUCAUUUGGAGCAAAGGUUUCACAUAUUGAUAAGAACAAUAUUGCAGAUUACAGAUUUGUCUUUCAUGCCUUGGGUGGUUCAUUUAUUUUUGGAUAAAAGUCUAAAUUGACUGUGUGGAAGCUAAAGCAGUGAAGCAGGAAAAAAAUACUAUACAUUGUUCAGAAGUGACCUUAGUAUUACUUCACUCUUUUGAAAAAUCUUUUCAAAUGACAUACAUACUGAUGUAAAUAUUUUACAGACACUGGAAUUGUCAUAAUUACUAUGCACAGUCUAAAUUGGCUUCAUAGGUUAUAUGAGGUGCCAAUGUUCAUUUGGAAUGGUAAAGUGCUGAGUAAGUAAGCAACAACUGAGGGAAUGACGUCACUGAAUUUAGGCUGUCAAACUGCUCACUUUUCAGUUCAUAUUCUUUCUCUUUAUUAUAUAAUGUAUCUUAUUCCUAUACAUACAUCUCAUGCCAGGGCAGAGUCCAGGUUUUUUAAAAACGUUUUCUUUCAGUUUCUUAACCACUUUGCUUAUACCAGUUGCCUAUGAUUCAGCAGCACACACGGUCAACCGUGGCUGCAUGUGGAAGUCCUGCUAACCAGUUGUUUUGCAGGAAAGAGUGGACAACACUGAAUCCACCCCAUUUGCCCUCUCGAAAAGCCAGUUUGCAACAUUUUCACGUUUCGGGAACCUGUCUGCCUCUGCAGCCCCAGAUGUAGGACCAGAGAGGGGAACUGUGUAUGACGGCACCAUAUGCACACAGAGUUACCCAUCCAUCUAGGCAUACUCAUGUGGAUGCAUAAGCUUCCACACACAUCUGGGCAAUUUUGUUUCCUAGCAGCAAAAGUUAAUUCUUAUUAGAAUUUUGACAUGAAGCUACAUUUUCAACACAGGGUACUUCUUCCACAGCACAAGUUGUUUCUCUUAUAUGUUUUGCAGCCUAGCACAAAGACUUAACCAAAUGCUAUUGACCAGACCCCAGCAAUAAUUUUCUAUGAAGUCGUCUUACUCUCCGGUGGAAUUUUGUGAUAGUGUUAAGUUCAGUGAGACCCUCUUUUUAUUAAUUUGGUCUCUAAAUGAUGAAAGUUUACACAAUUUUAUCAGGCUUUCUUAAUUUAUACUUGACAGAGUUGAUAAAGGAUAAGUUUAGGGUUUUUUUGUAAUUGGAUUUAAUAGCCAUAUGAAAAGUGACUCUUAAAAAGUGCUUGGCUUAGCCUUUAAUUGUUGUAUCCAAUGUAUGUCAUUCACUAUCAGAAAUAACCUCAAAGAGAUCACACAAAUUGUAACAAGUGAUGAUUAAAAGGAAUGUGUCAGUUUGGCCCCACGUAAAAAUCAGAGACUCCCUCAAAGAUACAAAUGUUAAAGAGGUGGGAGAAGGAAGAGCCCAACUUCAACAAGAAAUAAAAAAGUUAAAUGCUUUUUAGAAAAUUCAGGUAGAAGAAUCUUCCUUAUGCCAUUGGACCAUGUGGCAUCAUUUUUAAUGGUUAGAUUUUGUUAAUGUUUUCUAAAUUAUUUUACCAAAAUAAAAUGCUGCCAUCAUGCCAAACUGCUGGACAUAAUAUUGUGGUGAUCUUGGGAAGUGUGAGGCCAUGAUGUACUAACUAUGGUUCAAACACUGUAAGUAGCUGAAAUCCAAAUAUAUUAUUGUGCAGCCUCUUCAUCUUGGCCGUGGUACCAACAUACAGACUAUUGAAUCCAUUAGAAUAAAUGUAUUUCUGCUGAAGUACCAUCAUCCUUCUGCCAUUUAAAUUUCAAUGAUGUUCCUAAAAUAUUUGUUUAUAUGAAUGGUACCUUUAUAAGAGAAGCAUAAAACUAGUUUUUUCUAUGUGGAUUAAUACCUUGAUUAUCUUUCCUAAACCUCAUUGACUAUCCCUUAGACAGGGGACUGGAUUGGGUCAAUUUAUUAAAUAUGAGUGUUUUCUGAUUAUUAUAAACCUUUCUGUAGAUAUGCUUAAUUUUUAAGCGAUUAGACACUGAGUGUAGCAGAAAUCCUGCAAAGCUUUAUAGUUCAUUAGGGACAAAAUAUGCCUGGAAGUUUUCCUGUAAGAGCCCCAUUGAAAUGAGCUUCCAUUCACUUCAGUGGGAGUUCUUGCAGGAAAACUCUAGGGGGAUUGUGUCCUGUGGCUUUUUUUUUUUCUCUUAAUUAUGUCUUGAUUUCAAUGAUUUGCUGUAAGAAUGGGGGUAUCUUAUUUCAGGGUAGGGGAAAAAACAGCACAAGAAAUUUUUGAAACAAUAAUUUACUGUUUUAUUUCCAGUUUUUCACUAUUUCAUUUUUUAAAUCAAUCUAUUUCAUUUUUUAAAUCAAUCUCGGGCAUGUAUUUUUGCAUACUAGCCAAUGUCACUCAUCAACUUGUGUCCAUCCACUUGUGUCAUCUAGAGACAGAAAUGUUGCACCUUACUUAUAUUUCAGAUGAACCAAAAUAUAAUGUUCUCUACUUGGUGUUUUUAUUCCAGUACUGUUCACCAAACUCAUUCUAACCUAACAAAAGCGACCAGUAUUUAUGCAGUUAUGUAUAUUCUCUAGAAUUCAACCUGUGUACAUCUUUUUUUACAACAAUUUUGAAUAAGAUAAACAACUUAACCUUAUCCUUGUGGUUUCCUAAAGUCAGGAUGUAUUUUUCGCGUAUAAAACUUAGCACUAUCCCAUUCUCUUUGUUUUUGUCUAUUUAUUUAGUGAUCUUUUGAUAUUUCAUAUAGUUUUGAGGUAUAUGCAUAGCAUCUGAUGCUACAAACAUAGAAUCAGCCAGGAAAAGGAUAGUGUAGUGUCAUUUUCAUGUAAUUGUGUUAGUACUGUAUUAUCAGAUGGGUGGAAGGGGAGUUCUAUAAAGUAUUUAACAUGUACAUUUAAUUUUGAUUCUCCUUUUAGGGUGUUUUUUUCAGAUACGACCAAAACUGAUGUAAAAUUUUAUGGAGCUUAUAUUAUGCUGUUGUAACAGUAUUUUCCCCUCCUGGAUUGUAUUGUGAUUCCAGAAAUAGGAUAUAUUUAUUUGAAAAGAUAUAGUGUGCUUUUAUACUAAUAUGAUAUCCCAAAGUUAUGAUAAAAGAACCUUUUCUUUGACUCUGUUUCUAGCUUAUAGUUCAAUCCAUGAUUUUCAGAAUUGACUUGAAGUGUGGUAGAGAUGGGAUAAACAGCAGAGGAUAUACUUGCCUAUAAGUUCUGUAUUUACUUGGCAGUGGAAUUUGCUACUUUUUAUAAAUAGCUUAACUAGUCACUCGAUAGUCUCUGGCUUUGCAUAUUCACUUGCAAACCCACAAAAGUUGUACAUUGCACCACAACAAGGGGAACAAUUGGUACAUUAUGCUUAGGUUUGGUUUUUUAAUGGUGUAUCCCUCAGGAGGGAUUCAGGCUUUGUUAAAAUAAAAUACAUGAUGAAUAAAAUACAUGGUCCAUAGCUAGAGAUCUACAAAAAUAGUUCUGGUGUUGCUGUUCCCAGCCACACAGCAGGUGGAACAAAGGGAAUAUAUACAUUGAUUUUAUACAUAUAGAUAGAAGAUUGCUAAACACAGUAGAAUGUACUGCUACUGUAUUUGCAGGUAUCUGAACUGGGGCCAGAACUGCAUGUGCAAUUCAAGCUUCUAGAAUGGAAGUAAUCCUUGCACAUGGUAUAUGUUAUUAAGAUAGAGUACAACCUGGCUUUUUAAGUGAAGCAUGGUUUUUCUUCAACGUGAAAUUAGAACAGGAUACAAAAUUUUUGUUCCUGUAACUAUUGUGGCAGCACAGUCCAUUUCACAUUGAGCCCCUUCAAGCAACUACAUAGCCUGAAUUCUCUUUUGAAAUCAUCAUUUGGCAAAUUAAACUGGUUGUCUGAAUCCACCCUUAGUUGGGAAUAUUACCGUGAAAGUAUUUACUUUCAGGAGUGCUCCUUGGUUAUUGAUUAUAUAAAGGUUAGUAUGCUGAAGAAAAUGGAAGGGAAUUGUGAAUAAGUAGGGAAUCAAAGUAAAUAAAGGGCAGUAUUCCAGCUUGAUGUCAGAAAGGAGGGAAGGAGUAUAAUUUUUUUAAUUCUCUGAAGAGCAAAAUGUGGUGACUAUAAUGAUAGUUGGAUUUGCAUUUUACUAUUGUAUAUUUAUGCCUCUCAUCUACACUCUGUUUUGCAACUAAUUCUAAUAAUGCUACCUCUAUUAAAGGCUACUGUAGUUGACUUCAGUUUGCUUUCAAGAUUCAUCAUGCACUCUUUUCAAGCUAGGGAUCUCUGUUUUCAGUUACAGUUUUAUUUUCUUAAAAAUGUGGUUUUGUAGAGGGAACAAUGUAAAUCGGAAAACAGCUACCUACCAUUAUUCAUACAGUUUGGUACUGCUAUGUGUAGCACUUGUAUGACUUUUGUUGAGGCAUCAUAAUUUUCCUUCCUGUUCUGUAAAUAAGUCUAUUUGUAACUAAAAAGAAAUGCUGCAAUCCAGUAAACCGCAUCC